UUCUGUCUUCUCCAUCAAUGGCUCUCGCCGGAAAACGAUUAAAUUGAGCGAAGAAUUUAGAAUUUCCUGUAAUUUUGUCCCCGCUUCACUUCUCCCCUGCCGGAAUGUCGCUGCAUUUGUGAGUGCUUCUGCUUUCAGGGCUAUCGAUGGAGAUGAAAUACCCAAUUCAAUCAAUUCGUGCUUCAAUCCGAUGCGCUUGGUGGUACCCAACUGCGAUUUAUUGGAAUCUCAAAGAAUCUAAUUCACUUGCUUCUUUGAGUUCUAUCAGACAAUUGGAAUUGAAAUCUGUAGGUUCAUUGUACAAUGUGUUUGAGGUUGGUAGCAAAGAAGUCAAUUCAAGUGUUUUGGAAGUGAAGGCUAUGAACAAAGAUACUGAAGCUGAUAGUGAUAGUGAUAGGAAGAUCAAAGAAGAGGAAAGGAGAAGGAAGAUUGGAUUAGCUAAUAAAGGAAAGGUUCCAUGGAACAAAGGAAGGAAACACAGUGAAGACACUCGAAGACGCAUCAAGCAGAGAACAAUCGAAGCUUUGAGAAAUCCCAAGGUUCGGAAGAAGAUGUCUGAUCAUCAACAACCACACAGUGAUGAAACCAAGGAGAAGAUACGAGCUUCAGUGAAACAAGUUUGGGCUGAACGGUCAAGAUCAAAGCGAUUAAAGGAGAAGUUCAUGUCAUCGUGGUCGGAAAACAUUGCAGAAGCUGCAAGGAAAGGAGGGAAUGGCCAAGUAGAACUCGAGUGGGACAGCUAUGAAAUAAUGAAACAAGAGUUUUCAUCUGAGCAGCUUCAGUUAGCUGAAGAGAAAGCAAGAGCAAAAGAACAAACCAAGAUGAUAGCGAAACAAGCUGCACAAGCCAGGACCGAGAAGAUGAGGAGAGUUGCAGAAAGAAAGAAAGAACGUGAAGAGAAAGACCGUCGAGAAGGAAAGAUUCGAAAGCCAAAGCAGAAAAGGGAGAAUCCAACCAUUGCUUCACGUUCUAAACUGAAGAAGAGACUAACAAAGAUUCACAAGAAGAAAACAAGUCUUGGCAAAAUCGCUGUUGGAAGGGAUAGAGUAGUUUCAGUUGCAGCUAAACUGGAGAAACUGGAUUUGGAACUGAUAAGGAAAGAGAGAACAAGAGGAGAUAUCUCACUUGCUGAUCAGAUCCAAGCCGCCAAGAACCAACGUGGAAAUGAUGUUUUAUCGAGAUUUGGUCUUUUUGCCAUGAAAUCAAUGGAUUUUGAUUGACUCUUUUCAACUACUAGUUUUAUAGACUUCUUGUGCCACUAAAUACUGAAAUAAACAAGAUUGACUUGA